AUGCGUCUAUUGGGCCAAGCGAUUCUUCUGAUUACUGUCUGCCAUGGAUUGGACGAAAAAGACAUUCCGAAGCAUCUUCGAAAGAAUUUUGAUGAAAACAAAUUAAUCCUACCGGCCACACGAGAGUAUGGCGAGGAGUUCUAUGCCAAUCUGACAACCAAGGCCUUUACGGCUGUUCUACGCAGUUUGGCUAGAGAAAGAAUGGAUUCCCUCUCGAAAUCCAGCCGAUCAACAAUCGAGCGAUGUUUCUCUGUCUCAGACAGUUUCUCCGCAGAUGCUAAGUGUUUCGUCGCAUUGAUGGAAAGGUUACGAAGAAUGAAGAAAAGGUCCAGGCACAAAGUACUGCGUCGAGUGGAAGUUUUGGCAUCUCGGAAGACGAAGAAGCUGCUCUACGACAGGGAGAUGAUCGAAAAACUCAGUAGGAAAACAGUACGGAAAAGUAGAUUCACCCGGUCCAUCGUGUCGAAGCAAUCCUAUCAGCUGCUGCCAGAGAAAGGUGACUCGUUCGUGGGUGUAAUGUCUCAUCAUUUACGGAAAACGGCUAUGGUGUUAAGAGGAGAAGAGUCUUCUUCCCUCACAGGAUGGCGAUCUCUAGCCGAAGAGUUGAUGUAUUAUCGGAAUCACAAUGAAAAACAGAAUCGACUUUCAGCCAUGCUGUCAAGUGGUAAUAAUGUGCCUUUUGCUCAACAUAAUGUCGAUGGCACUGUUCGUGAUUCAAUCGCGAAAGAUCAUGGAGCUCUUCAACAACUCAGUGCAUUCCUAGCUCAAGGAGUCAAGCUUGCUGCGUCAGCUGCAGGAAACGUUGUCGGGAACAAAACCGUUCGCCUGCUAUCACCCAGGAUUGGAAACACGAAACGCACGGUCAAAGAGGUGAUUCAAGUGAUUUUCUGA